AGACGCGCACGUGUUUUUGUUGUUGUCGUGACUCCUCGCAUUAAUCUAACAUCUCAUACGUAUUGCCUCCUCUCUCUUACUGUGUGUGUUCCCCGCCCCCGCCCCCCUCGCAAGCCGUUGCCAUUCGGGACUGCAGAAGCCAAAGACAGAAUUAAAAGCACACAGCAGUGUAUCUCCCACCCUUCUCCACCCACUUCGAAACUGUCCACAGAGAGAGAGAGAGACAACUGACCAGCACACUACACGCAAUUUUUUCUCCUCUUGUUUUUUCUUCUUUAACUACCCCGAAAAAAGUUUAUCCCCAUUUUAUCUCUUUCUCCUUGAUUUUAUUUUUUUUUCUUCAUUGAUAUUACUGUCAUUCAUCGGUCGUCUAUUCCUUCCUUCUUACUAUUCAGUAGAGUUUGACCUGCAAAAGGAAAAAUCAAAAAGGCUUACACCAAUCCACACCGAGGCGAAGGGUGAAGAAGAAAACAAUGCUGCCCAGUCUCCGUCGUUUGACUCUCGCGGCUGCGCUGACGUUGGUGGGGCUGCUGUGCACCUCCGCCCCUGUCAGCGUCGCAGCCGCGCUCACGCCGGCGCAGCAAACAAACACGCUCGCCUUCCUGCAGCUCAUGGCGUCUUCCAUUCCUGGUCUUUCGUCGUCGUGGACGGGCUCGGACUGGUGCUCGUGGACCUACGUGAGCUGCGCAGCGGAGUCCAACAUUACCCUCCUCAUCGACGGCGCGAACUUCUCCGGUUCCCUGCCGGCGCUGACGCCGAACGUCACCGGCGCCAACGUCGCCCUUCACACCAUCGCGCUCAUGAACAUGAACAUCACGAGCGGCUUCCCGGCGAGCUGGGCGGCCCUCUCGGCACUGAAGGUGCUCAAUCUGCGCAACAUGAACGUCUUUGGCUCCCUCCCGCGGGAGUGGAACGCGAUAGCGGGUCUCACCUCGCUCUCCCUCGUCAACACCAGCGCCUGCGGCGGCCUGCCAGACUGGACCUUCCCCGCCAUGGAGAAUCUGGACCUCAGUUCCAACUACCUGCGCGGCACUCUGCCCAAGAUAUGGGGCGCCAUGCGUCGUCUGCAAUUUCUCAACAUCAGCUACAACUAUCUGUGCGGGUGUAUACCAGAGACGUGGGAGCCAGACGUGCUGCAGUAUGCUGCGAUUCGCUCGCUCGGCUACUACGCCACCGACCCGAAGUGUCGCAACACGCCAGCGUGUCUCGCCGUGCAGGGGUGCUCGCGAGUGGUGCCGAACUACGGCGAUGUCGUCGCCACCCCCACCUGCAUUGUUGUAGCGGCCCUGACGCUGGCCGCGGUGGUGGCGGCGGCGCUCUUUGCGCCGUAG